AUGGACUAUUUUUUAGGCAGAAUCCUCACCCUGCUUCUUAUUACUGACCGUGGCGAUUGUAAAAAUUACCGUGGAAUAUUUCUUCUCAGCACUGUUGGAAAGACCUUUGCUCGUGUUAUCCUGUCCAGGCUACAACUGCUUGUUUCUCGAAUUUAUACUGAAUCGCAGUGUGGCUUUAGAAGAAGCAGAUCAGCUAUUGACAUGAUAUUCUCCAUACGCCAACUUCAGAAGAAGUCCAGAGAGCAGAAAAUGCCAUUAUAUAUGGCUUUCAUUGAUCUGAAAAAGGCCUUUGACUUGGAUAAACAAGUAAGGGGUCGAUAUCCACCACUAUCAUUGCUACAAAAACUGGAAACUGUUUUAGCUGAAGAAUGGACAAAAGUUCGUUUGGAAACAAUUCGUAGAAUUCCAGCUGUACUUAUUGCCAAAGGCGGUUCUACCCCAUAUUAA